AUGGCGAGCCUCGCGUCACCCUUCAACACGAAGGCGUCUGCUGGCCAGGCGGCGCCUGCAGCUGGCUCGCUCAGUGUGGAGAACAUGUUCGGCCAGAUCAUGGAGGCCGUCCAGAAGUCGCACGCGGAAAUUGCGGAACUACGCCAGGAGUGCAACGACCUCCGUCUCCAGAACUCGAGCUUGGAACGCCAGCUCAAGGAGUCGCUCAACAACACCCGCAUAGGUACCCCGCCAGGCUGGCUGACACCAGCGAUCCCAGGCUCGCCCAACUUGCGACCCAAGACGCCGUUCCUGUCCGCCAACGCCGUCCCGGCCCUUGCGACGCCGCCCAUCGUCUUUGCGCCAUCCUCUCUCGGUGACAACCGUGUAAACUCCGCCUACCCGCUCGACCACAUCCGAGAGAUCCCGGGCUUCUACGUCGUCAUCCCCGCAGGAGGCGCCGGCACCCGUCUCUGGCCGCUCUCGCGCGAAGGUCACCCCAAGUUCUUAUUGGACUUGACGCUCAAGGGCCGUUCGCUCAUCCAAGCCACGUGGGAUCGUCUCUUGCCUCUUUCGGGUCAGAACCGUACGACCGUCGUCGCUGGCCCUUCGCACGUCAAGAGCAUCCAUGAACAGCUUCCUGAUCUUGAACUCCAGAACUUGUUCUGCGAGCCCGGCCCGAAGGACUCUAUGGCUGCUAUCGGUCUCGCCGCUGCCGUCCUCGCCCGUCGCGACCCCGAAGCUGUCAUCGGUUCGUUCGCUGCCGACCACAUGAUCUCUGGCGACGAUGCGUUCUUAAGCGCCGUCACCGAGGCCGUACAAGUCGCGCGUCAGGGGUACAUCACCACCAUCGGUAUCGCGCCUUCGCACCCGUCGACUGGAUUCGGUUACAUUCGUCUGGGUGAGAAGCUUGACGUAUCCGGUGCACCCAACGCUCGCAUCGUAUCCAGCUUCAAGGAGAAGCCUGACGCACGUACUGCCGCUUCGUACAUCGCGACGGGUAGCUACCGCUGGAACGCCGGCAUGUUCGUCGUCAAGGCCCAGGUGCUCAUCGACCAACUGGAGAAGUACAAGCCUGAGAUUGCCGAGGGUUUGAGGAAGAUUGCAGACGCUUGGGAUGACGAGACUCGGCGCCAGACCGUGCUUGAGGAAGUGUGGCCUGGUCUUGAGAAGAUCCCGAUCGACAAUGCCGUUGCCGAGCCCGCUGCGCUCGAGGGCAAGGUCGCGGUCGUACCCGCUACUUUCGGUUGGGACGAUGUCGGAGACUUCUCGUCGCUCGCGGAGCUUCUGCCCGCAGACGCAUCGCAGCCCAAGAUCCUCGGUGACAACGCUCUCGUGCUCACGGAGCAGGUUGCUGGCGGCAUUAUCGUACCGGGCUCAGGCCGUCUCGUUGCCUGCCUAGGUGUGGACGACCUUGUCGUCGUCGAUAUGCCAGACACCCUCCUCGUCACUACCCGCGCCCGUUCUCAGGAGGUCAAGAAGCUCGUGGCCAAGGCCAAGCAACAGGGCUGGAAGACCCUCCUGUAG